AUGUUCUUUUCACCAGCUCAGGAUGGCAUUCCCGCAGGGAAUUCCGUGCCUUUGACACCGCGCGAAGCUGCCUCUGGCUUGCUGGGAUCCAUUUCCCUGACUUGCUGGAUUUUCUUACUGGUCCCCCAGCUCAUUGAGAACUACUGCAAUGGAAACGCAGAGGCGAUAUCCCUUCUGUUCCUCCUCGUAUGGUUCGUCGGCGACAUCACCAAUCUGAUCGGAGGCGCCUGGGCUGGUCUCGUGCCCGUCAUCGUGGCUAUUGCCGUCUACUUCUGCAUCGCCGACGGCGUGCUCAUCGCACAAUGCCUCUACUACAAGGCCCGUAAUGCGCGCCGUGAUAAGCUUCUCCACCGGCGCCGUUCCUCCACCGCUACCCCCGACCCUACCACCCCAUUGCUCGGUCGCCGGUUCAGCGACCCCCUCGAGCCCGGUCCGGCCUCGCGCCGCCGAUCCGUGACGUCGCAGCGCAGCGGCCGUGCCGGCCACGGCCACCCGGACGACGCACUGGCCAAGAUCGUCGAGGAGCAUGAAGUCGGGCGCAGUGCGUGGGCGAAGAACUUCAGCGGCGUGCUGGCUAUCUGCGUGAUUGGCAUGGCCGGCUGGACGGUUGCGUGGCAGUCGGGUGUCUGGAAGCCUGCUCCGCGCGAGCAUAACGGGGGCGUCGAUACGGCGGUCGGUGCCCAGGUGCUGGGGUACUUUAGUGCGGUUUGUUAUCUGGGUGCGCGACUGCCGCAGAUCUACAAGAACUAUUGCGAUAAGUCUUGCGAAGGACUCUCAUUGCUGUUCUUCAUCCUCUCUCUUAUGGGUAAUCUCACCUACGGCGCUGGCAUCCUGUGCCACUCGACCGACAAGAAAUAUGUCCUGACGAACCUCCCUUGGCUGAUUGGCUCGCUGGGCACAAUGGCCGAGGAUGUGGUUAUCUUUGCGCAGUUUCGCCUGUACGCGGCGCAGAAUCCGGAGUCCACGACUGCGGUAGCGUGA